AUGAACACCACCGUUGACAAGCACACUGGUCUAUUGGAUCUGCCAAACGAAUUGGUCAUGUAUAUUCUUGCAAAUUUCCUUGAUCUGAGCGAUCUAUGGCGUCUAUACCAAACCAACUCCCAGUUGCGCAUGUUUGCUUCUACCGUCAUACAGACAACUUGGAAGAUAGACAUGAAAUCCAGCAUGAAAGUACAGUGCAGAGCGGCAUUGAUCGCACUGCAAGACAUGGCCACACAGCACGCUCACAUUCCGCUAUCCAUCACCACCAAAGAGGAGACAGAAGAUGCUCUUUUGACAGUUGCUGCUGGAUACGAUAGCGAGAAAGAACAGGUACUGCAACAGAAAAUCAUGAGGGGUAUAUCUUCUUAUAAGCAUAAAUAUGUUUUGAUUCAAGACAUUGAUAUACGAAACCGCAUUCGCACAGCCGUUGGAUUGAUUUUUCAUCACGCGGUUUUCGUAUCUGCUAUUAUCCGAUGUCGCCGCUCCUCGAUCUCCUCCUUUUGUUGCUCCUCCAGCACCACAACCUCCAGCACCGCAACCUCCAGCACCACCAGCUCCUCCUCCUCUCCCCCUUCAACCUCAAUUUCAAGUAGUACAGAAACAAGAAAAACAAAUGAUAAUGAUGCACACCGUGCAUUGGCGAUAGCGAUGGUGCGCUUGCUGACCAAAUUGGACACCUCUUUUGACUCUUAUCACCGAGAAGUUACGUAUACAUUAGCAGACGAAAUAAAAGCAUUUUUGGAAUACACAGGGCAUAAGCUACUAGCGAAACAGACACGACAGACACAACAACUGCUACUGCAUAGCAUGUCGGCUUGUUUUGAUUUAAUGGGCGCUGCGCUUGUGUUCAAAGUAUUGGGCGACAACCAUGUUGAUUAUGCGGUACAGAGGACAUGCGAAUUGUUUGGCUCAACGUGCGGUAACUUUAAAAGCGUCCUGUUGACAGAUUUAUUGAAUCAUUGGCUCAUCAUGAAACGAGAAGUGGGUACAAGCGAGCUGUGUAGAUAUGUUCGAAUCGAGAUUGAAAAGACGGGUUAG